UUAAAUUAAAAAUAAUAUUGUUUAUGCCCAACCAAAUUUCCUAAUCUGUGUCCUGGAAAACACUGCUCUACCCCAUAGCAGCGAGGCAUGGAGGACAUUGGAGCAGACAGGGAGAUGGUGCUGGAAGCAGGGUCUGCUCUGCCCAGGGAAAAGGUGGGAGUUGAGCACUCUGGUAUUUAUCGUGAGGUCUUUUCUGCUGCAACCUCUUCCCUUGUCUUCUGCCUCCAGAAAGAAGCCCCUGUGCAUGCUCCCUGGGAACACAGAUGCAGGAUCUUCCACACAUACAAAUUUGACCACAUCCAUGCCUUGCUAGGACCUAGCCAUGGUGCCUACAGGGUGACAGGUCACCUUGCCUGUCCUUGAGAAGAAUGGCUUGUUCAUGCCAGGCGUGGCCUGUGAGCUCAUGAGCUGAGAAAUUCCUGCAGAAGCUGGGAGGGGCCCACAGAACUGACCCAAAACACCUCCUUCCCCUCUGUCCUCACAUCAAGGCCCCAGGAUGGCUCUUCUCAGGGAAAAUCACAACCCAACCCUCUGAAAAAGCACAUUAAGGAAAAAUACCUUUGGGAAUAUCAAGAUGGGUGUGGAAUUUCUCCACCAGAACUUUAACCACAAUAACCCAUUUAUUUUCCUACCUUCUCUCUCUCUCUUUCUCUCUCUUCUCUCACUGUCAUGAACUUCAUGAAGACGCUGACUUUGAAUAUUCUACUCAGCACUGCAUCGCCAAUGUCUUGACAUAAAGCCUGGGACAUGUGGGCUUCCAUGUGGACCUGUCCUGGAUAAAUGACCAUUAAUGAGACAGAGAAGGAGUUGGAGAGCCCCCAGAGGAGUGUGAGUCCCAGGGGUUCGGCCAAAUCCACUCCCACCUUGCAAACCUGUGAAAGGUGCCUGAGUCGCACAGUCUCUCGCACAUGAAUGCCAUGAGCUGCAGGUGAGUGAGAAGUUACUGGAUUCUGGACCGUGGGUUUGGGUUGUGAGGUCGGGACCUAAUGGGCCCCAUGGAAUAUGUCAUUGGUUAGCAACAUCCCAAGGAAAGUGGGGAAAGUCAUAGCUCAGUAGGAUCUUGUGGAAUCGCUGUGCGGAUGUGUGUCACAGGAUGUUAACAUCAGGAGGAUCCUAUUUUCUCCUGUUUGCCAGAGGCAUCAGUGUCAGGAAUGAGAGAGGGCACGUAGCACAGAGAAGGUGGGGGGUGCACUGCUUCUCUCUUGAGAACAAAGCUGAGAUCAAAUCUACCAUGACAUACCCUGCCUGGCUCCUAUCCUGCCCAAAGACCCAGCCUGUCUCUGCAGAACUUGCAGGAGGGCAGGACAUGUCAUGACGUUACCAGCUCCUCUAGGAAUAUGAGAUAAAAGGAGCUGCUAAGAUCUGUUGAUCACCCACUCACUCUGCUGGAGCCACCCCAGAGCCAUGGUUCCCCGAGGCUGCAUCCUGGCUGUCUUGGCUGUUCUCUGCAUCUCCAGGCUCUUCUGCUCACAUGGAGCCCCAGUGGUCCCCAUGAGUCCUUACCUGAUGCUGUGCCAGCCACACCUCAGAUGUGGGGACAAGUUCUACGACCCCCUGCAGCACUGUUGCUAUGACGGUGCCAUCGUGCCCUUGACCAGGACCCGGGGGUGUGGAAACUGCACCUUCAGAGUCUGCUUUGAG